AUGACUUUUGCCAAUGCCGCAAAAUGUGAGCGGUGCCUUCGACUCUUCGUGUCUACAACAAGAGACUAUACAGAAACACUGAUAAAAAUGAGAAAUGCAAUACGGCCUUUUGGUGAUAACUUCAGUUUUGAACGCCCAGUUAAAUAUUUCAAAGUAAGUAUCUUAAUUGGUUUUAAAACUGGCACCCAAUCAAGCAAAGAGCCACUUAUGAAUAUUUUUAACUUCAUUUCAGCACACAGUGGCACUUUUUUUUGUAUGAGUGGUAACCCUCAUUUCAAUAAACCCACUCAGAAAGAAAAGUACUGCAUCACAUCAACAAACACAGUAGAAUUGGCACUUUAAAUCUUUCUACUACUGGACUUUCAUCAAUAUGUUACACUGAAAAUCCAGAAUGAGAAUACAGUUGUACCUUGGUUCUUGAAUGCCUUGGUACUUGUACGUUUUGGCUCCCGAAUGCCAAAAACCCGAAAAUAAGUGUUCCGGUUUUUGAACAUUUUUUGGAAGCCAGACAUCCAACUCGGCUUCCGCUUGAGUGCAGGAAGCUCCCUCAGCCAAUCGGAAGCUGCGCCUUGGUUUUCGAACGGUUUCGUGAGUCAAACAGACUUCCGGAACGGAUUCAGUUCGAGAACCAAGGUUCUACUGUACAGAGAGCAACAUGUGAAUUCUGACCAUCCCAGACAAAGUCUGGGAAUGUUCACAUGCACAGUCAACCACAAGGGUAGAGGCAUUUAUUCUCCCACCCCCUGCAAAGAUUGGAGGCCUUCGCUGGAUUCAAGGGGCUUCACGUAUAUGAAGAGACUCACUCCAUGAAUGGAAUAGCUCCUCUGAAUCUAGUUCGCUGGGCAUCCUCUCUCAUUUCUUUUUUUACUAUACAGUAGAUUCAUGUUUUAAGCACGCACACCUGACAAAACAAACAGAAAUUGAAUAACAAAGGUUGCUCAUGCUUUCACAGUCUUCAGGUUACCAGAAAAUAAAGUGGAAAUACAAGACCUCCUGUAGCAUCCCUUGGGAAACAAUGAUAUAUUACCAUUUUAAAAAUACCCUCUGAAUCCACAUGUUGACUCUUUAUACUACAGGUAACGUAAAUUAGACGGCAUGGAAUGAUGUUCUUAGCGCUCCAAACACAGUCUACCCCCUCCCCCAACAGAGCAAUCCCUCUUUUUUAUUGAUUUUUUUUUAAGUGCAAACAUAAUGAAAAGAAAGAAAAUGAAGAACGAAAAGAAAUAUAAGUUACAAAGUGUUGCAGACACUUGGAAAAAUGGAAAUCCAAAAGAAAAGCACAGCUCCAAAGGGAUAAUGAAGUAUUAACUCACGCAAAUAUUCCCUUUACAAAUAAUGAAGAUGUGUAGAAAGAAAAGUAUUCUCCACCUGUGAGUUCUCUUACUACUGAGAAUAAAGGUUCUAUAAAGUCUUAGAUGAGCCAGAUGUUGCUCACUGGUGGCACCGAGCAACCAUGUGGUUCAAUAUUCGUAUUAGAAAUAUAAUCCCACUUUUAAGUUGCUGUCACUUAACACAACAUUUGGCCUAGAUUAGCGGAAGUCUGUAGUUGAUCCUAGGAUGUGUUGAAGCCGGUAAACAACAAAGAAGAAAGAUUGUGAUUAUACUAUGGAUAUGUGCUCCGAAAAUAGUGCAAAAUUAGUUGCUUACUAUCUGCAUAAUGACCAUGUCUCUUAUUCAAAAUGGACAGGGGUGAGUAAACAUGUGAAAGAUUGGGCCACAAAACUUAUUUUGUUUCUUUUAGUAGGGGUGAACCCCUAAGGUUGUAGCCCUAUGUGCAUUCACUUUGGAGUCUCACAGAAUUAAAUUUGAUUUACUUCUAUGUAGACAUGAUUGCACCGUAAAUAUGCCUAUGAAUGAAAAUCUCAGUCCACCACCUUCUGAAUGACCCCAAAAGGAUCCCCCCCAAUACAAAAUAUCUGCAGCUUUAAAAGGUUAUUGUGUGACCAGGCAUGACAGCCCCAGCCCCCAGGGAAUGUGGAAAAAGGAAACAAAGACUCUGACAAUGUUAUGGAAUUAAAAUUAGGCCACAACCUUAUUAAACUUCUGAAUGUAGGAAGACCUUGGCUUAGGCCUUGGGCGUGUAUUCCUCCCAGCCCCAAAGCCGAGGGGAACUGGGGCUCAUCAGGGUAAAUGGGAUAUGGGGGUGCUCUGCGCGACAUAAGUGUAGGCAGGCAGCCGAACCCAUAUCCCCACACGCGGGGUAGUUCACGGACAACCUUUCAGCGUAUGGCCAGUGACACCCAUUUAUGUAACCCCUUUAAGAGGGGACCCUGGAAUUGCCGCCACAGGGGGGUGAGUCACCACUUCACACACACACACACACACACACACACACACCAUUAUAGGGAACUAAAGGAUUCCACCCAAGGCCAUAACCACCAAAGUUGUGACGAAUUGCUACGGGGAAGACAACACCUGCCAAUGCAGGAAAAUUUAUUCCCAGUCCUUCAACAGCAACCAGUCAAAGACCAUAGCAGUGCCCGCUAAACAGGAAGAAAAAGUUAACCUGUAAACAAGAAACAUUAAGAAAGGGAAGGUAGGGAGGGUGAAUCUCCAGAGCUGGCUAAUACUGGCUCCUCCCCCUAUUUAUAAUGAGUCUGGCCCCACUUCCCAGGAAACGAAACUUAAAGCUGAGGCUGGGCAUGAACCUCUGAAUAAUACACUGAGAAGCAGGCCAGCCCCCUUCUACUAGCAAGGGAACUGUAGCACCACACGCAAUCCCGCAAAAGGCACCCACAAUAUAGUGUGAGUGCUCAUUGUUUUUGCAAUGCAAAGUUCUUUGCACCCAAAUGUUUCUUUCCCCCCUGUGUGCUCUGUGUGGGGGGAAAAUCUCACCUUUUCUUAUUCUUAAAAACGUACAGAGAAUUGUCAUGUGGGGUUUAGAGCCAUGGGAGCUCAAAUCUACGGCCUGGGCAUGCAGUCUGACUCAAAGAGAAGGCAGUGCCAAACGCAUAAUAUCCCCAAGUGAGAUGGGAGGUCCUAAUAGGAUUGAGAACAGAUGGAGAACUGAUUAGAAAUUUUCAUUUGCUAAUUGUGUAACCCUGCCUCCGGUUGAGAACAUUGGGCCAGCGAGUCUUCAGAGUGCCAACCUCUGCUCACAUUUAUAGCAAAGGCUCUUUUCCCUUUUUUCCAGUCCAAAUCCUUGGAGUCACGCCAAGGCUACAAGGGAAAGGAUUUGACUCAGCUUCUAAUGGCACAUAGCUGUAAGGCCUCUUUGAUCUCAGUGCACCUAGGACUGUCUGUCCACAAAUGCCUGAAAAAUGAUUGUGUAAUAUUUGCAGCAUAAUGAUGUCCUUUUUACAAAUUGAUCAGGUGGAUGCCAGUAAUCUGCAGCCCUCAAAACAUUUCUGCAAUGUUUGCUUUGUUGACCUCUGCACAAUUUCCGAAUCACAUGAAGCCCUUGCAGCUGGGGCUCGGAGAAGGCUUUCCAACUUGUUCCCAACGACCACUGUGUAAAUGCCAGCAGAGACCCUCUGUUGUAAUUAACCCAGAUUCUUUACAAUAUCCAGUUACACAGGCAUAAUCCAUGAAUAUUCAUGGACAAAGAGUUUGAAUUAGGAACACUCAUGAAUAAGUCAUUUGCUCGAAAAACAGGCUUACCGUAUGUUCUUUUCCAUGGCUUCUAUGAAUUACCCGGCGGUAUUACAAUUUGUAAUAUUAGUUGCUAUCAUAAAGUUUAUCUUUCAGGUUUUCAUUUCCAGCUGUGACUAAAGCACUAUGGAAAAGAUGCAACAUUUCCCCCCUUCUUCUUACACACCUAGAAGGUAAAAUGCAAGGCUGCAUAUUUAAUGGAGAAUGGUGAGAGCCAAUUGGUGGUCAACAUGAAGCUUCAAACCUAGCAGAUGGCUCUGACCAAUCACUGUAAGGUAUACCUGUGCUCCAGGAGAUAGGAAGAUUUGAGAAAAGACAAUACUGGUACCUGUAACGACCCUAGGACCAGACUCCACUCCAUCAGGGGAUGAGGCCAGAGAUUCAGAGUGGAAGAGAUACCGGUAUAUAAGCAACCAGAAACAUUUGCACUAGAGUAGCCCAUAUUGCCAGUGCUUCUCUUGCUUGAGGAUGGCUCAUUGACUCCCUCUGACCCUGAGAACUCCAGCUCACCACAAUCUUCUCUACCUAUUAGAAGUGAUGGGCCCCUUUAAACAAAGCUCUUUUCUCACCCAAAGCUGGUUUUUGAAAAAGAAUUUCAGCUGCUACUUAAAGCACAGUUUGAUGAUGUCACUUUUACAUGUCUUUGCUGAUAAGUCCAUUCCACCCCCUUUCAGCAUUAAUCCUUGAUUGUUUUAUUUUUUAAAAUGCACAAAAAAAUCUCAUUUAAAUGCAUAUCUUCAAAUAUUUUCCCCCGCAAAGUUGUAAACAUCUCUAAACAUAUGUUCUCUCCAAAUACACAUUUUAAAAUGCAGCGCAAUGCCUUUUUUUGAGCUGAAAACUGCAUCACAAAAUUUGGAGAAAUACAACACCCUGAAGGAUAACUACGUUCUGACCUACAGAUCAGUUGGUGUGGUGGAGGGGUUGCAGAUCAGGUCAGUUUAUGGUGAAAUUUGCAAAUAUUUAGGAUGCCGCAAGUUAGGUCCUAGUUUUAAGUGACCUGCUUUGUUUCAUGCUAGUUCUAAAUGCUUUAUUGUUAUAUGUUUAUUUUAUUGUGAGUCGCUUUGAGAGGCAGCCUUUCCUGAAGAGUGGUACAGAAGCCCAAUAAAACAGAAUAAGUAUGCAAAAUAAAGAUAGAAUUAUUCAAGCAUCCCUAGAAAGAAGACAGGUAUCUUUUAAUGCAGUGAAGGUACAUAGGAAAUGAGAGGCCCACACAAUAGAGGGAGGAUCUUACCUGGGAAUCCUCACUUGGCUCCAGAGCUUCUCCCACCCUACCCACCCUCAGUUAAUGUCUUCCUUUGCAGGUUAACUUUUCUUCAUAGGUUUUGCAGGUUAACUUUUCUUCACAGGUAUGUGGGUGCUGCUACAAUAAGGUCGCUGUUAAAGGGCCAGAAAGGAAUUUCCCUGCAUUGGCAGGUUUCGCCUUUCCCGUAGCAAAACGUCACAACGUUGGCGGUAUCAGGCCUUGGGUGGAAUCCUUUAGUCCAUCUUCCUCUUUGCGGCAGCGAUACCAGGGUUCCCCGUUAAAGGGGUUUCUGAAGGGAGGCUUUGACCGUACGCCGAAAGGUCGUCAUCACUCUCCCCUGCGGCGGCGGCGUAACGGGGGCGGCUAUCUCUGCUUGAACAUAUGUUCUCCAGAGCCGGCCCCCCCCCCCACACACACUGGAUAACCCUGAAGCUCCCUAGGUCCCUGGCUGGGGACUGGCGAGGGAGAACGCCCAAUGCCUGAGCCAAGGUCUACCCACAUUUGAAAUUUAAUAAAGUUGUGGCCAAUUUAAUCCCAUAGCACCUUGUCUUGAGUCGUUAUUCCACACGACGGGGGGGACCGCUCGGGAUCUGGGGACUCCGCCUGUCCACGCAAAGAAAGAAUCUUCAUUUUUUAAAAUAUAGUUCAACCUAUUUCUCGGAAGCUCACUUGGUUAUUUCAAGUAGCAACAAACUUCUUUUUUAAAUGACCUAAAACUACCUUGAAAGGUAGGAAUGGUUUCAGACCAGGGAAUAAGGAGUUCUUUCCCCCACAGCUUCAGAAUUGAAGUCAUGAAGUAGAAAUUUUAAAGAAAAAUUAAUAGGUUAAUGCUAUACAAUUCUCUUGCAUUUUUUUUCCUUGGCGUAUAUACAUAGCAUAAAAUUUUAAAGGGUGUAAUAAAAAGUAUGUGUGAUUCUAAAGAUUGUAAUAUUCCCUACUGAGAACUGCUAUUUUAUGUGUGCUAUACAUUCCCGGGCUCAGAAACCUACUGAAAAGCCUUAUAUGGCUGAUUAGAUGGUCCACUAAACUUCCGAAGCAACAGCAUCAUAAAUGGAUUUUUACGACUCUGUAGUAUUCAAAGUGUGGGCUCUAAAAUAAAAGUAAUACAUCAGAAUGUAGAGGUGGAAAAUAAAGGUUAUGGACAAAUAUGAAAACAAUGAAUGAUACAUACAUACUCCUCAACCUGCUGGUUUCUUUUGAGCAUUAAUGCUAGAAUAUGCACUCUGACAACCCACAACUAUCCAUGUACAGAGCUACUUUUCUAUAAAAAGAGGUGCCAGAACUCACCAUGAACACCUCCCUCACUCUCUUAGAAUGGCAAAGGGACCAGAGAGGUGCCGGAACUGAGUUCCGGAAAGUUCUGGCUGAAAUAAAGCCCUGCCCACAGGGCCUUCCUUUUCAGUUCAGGGGAAGGGGCAGUUGGACCCCUGAAAUUGGAUUAUCAUGCAGAAUUAGGGUACCCCCUUAUGUAUUGCCAACAAAGAGGAAAUGUCUCACUGAAGAAGAUGGCAAAGGAAGUCAUAGGGUUGCAUAAAAUUUGCUCAUGCUAAUUACAUGUGUUUAGAAGCAAAUUUGGACAUGACGUAGGCUCACAUCGUCUGUGGGGUUCUGGUUCACACAAGCUGUAUGAAAAGAAAACUCAGCGAGGGGGCUCCUGCUUCACAAUCGGUGGCCUCACAUGAUUGUGACACCUGCUUGAGUAGAUGCUCUGGUUGUAGAAAGUCCCAAUCGGUUGCACAAAGCUACCCCAAUCAGACAGAGGCCUACACUCAAGCUUGCAUGCUGGGCUUUCUUUGCACGCAAUUGUGCACAACACACAGUCGCUGAAAGAAAUAAAUGUGAUGUUGGAGAUUACACGCACAGCCCUGCUCCUUACUCAGCAGUAGGGAAAAAUGGAUUGGGAUGGCCAGUUCUUGGACUGUUAAUCUUCUGACACCAGAUUAUUUAGGGAUGCCCUAUGUCCAGAAUUUCCCAGACAUAUCCAGAAUACUGGAGCUGGAAGCAGUGUCCAGGUGGAAAUCACUAAAAAUGCCUGGGGAAAUCUGGACGUAUGGCAACCCACACGCUCAAAAACAACUUUUCUGUUCGGAUUUUCACUGUUUGAAAUAUGGCAACCCAAGAUUACUGAAUUUUAAGUAAGUGCCCCCUGCUCUUACUUUCUUCCUUUGCAGAUGCCCCUUGCUCAAGAUGUACCUGCCAAUGAUUGUUUUUUCCGCUUUCAAGCCCAGCUUGAAUCCAUGCUAUGGAUGCAAAGGUAG